CAUAAUUUAGAAGUAUACUAUGUUUACGCUAAUCUCCGUUAGGGGAAAAACUCUUGAAGUUUUGAUAUCGAAAGAGGUUAGGAAAGAGUGGUGUUUCCCUUUCCGGGGUUUUUAUCUGUUACCUCGCGCAUUUCUGGGAUAAAAGUCCUCACAGGGCAGUGAAAAUGAAUCAGGCAGAUGUGUCGAAGCUGGUGUCACAGCUGAAGUUUGCCAUUCGGCCGAAGCACAGAAAAUUAUCAUGCCCAGACGGUCCGGAAGGGCGAAUGCUGAAGCUGCGAAAGACUGUCACGGCACUCCUUAUGAAUGAACGACUAGAGUUGAACUUUGCCAGGGCGGAUGAGUCUCGAGGAUACGCAGAGCGGCUCAUUAGUGAAGCCAUUCGGCAUGGAGACUGCCACAAAGCAACCAUGGAACUGGCGGACUUCUGGCUGCUGGAGAAGCAGUGCGUCCACAAACUAUUCAAGGUGCUGGUGCCGCGCUAUGAGAACUACAACGUCUCCUUCACGCGCAUGUAUAAGGCGCCUCGGGAUUAUCCUGGAUGGCACUAUAAACGGGCAGUUCUAGAGCUGCGCGGCAAUCCCUUCCCGCCUCUUGUGCCGGACAAAGUGCUGAACAGGAACUUCAUUCACAAUGUACUGCUGGACGAGGCCAAGAAGGCGUACCGUUUCGAGAAGUACGCGGAAAUCUCCAAGAAAAUGAAUGUGACUGAGAAUCUGAGCCAGGAAGCAAAGGAUGACGGCGGAAGCAGUAGCGAGGAUGAGGUGGAGAGUAAGAAGUAGCCUUAUAGUCAAUCUCUGUGUAGAUUCUAGUGUAAAUAAAGUGGUAAAUAAUGAA